GGUCCAACAACAACUUUCUGUACACCCUGCAAUUAUUAAGUAAGUUUAGCUUUUUUGGAGCUAAACUCUGACCACCUAAAUCCAGUAUUUACUCCAUCAUUUGCCAAGUUUUUCACUGCAAAAGGUUGAAACAUUAAAGAGAGCUGAUCUGUUGUUCGGUUAACUACAGGAUGAAGAAGAAGCUGAUUAUUGAUGUGGACACUGGGGUGGACGAUGCUCAGGCCAUCAUGGUGGCCCUUGCGGCCCCCAAUGUUGAGAUUUUGGGGAUCACCUGUUGCUUUGGCAACACCCCCCUGGAGAAUGCCCUCAAGAACACACUGCGUGUCCUGAAAGUCUGCAACAGGCUGGAUAUCCCGGUGUAUCGAGGCUGCUCAGAGCCUCUCCUGGCCAAAAAACGCCAAGCUGGGGAUUAUCUGUUAAUGUACAAUCUUUAA